AGUCGAAAACUACUCACUAUAGAGUAGUUUUUAACGAGCGUGUAUGAUAUCACAGUGACACAUUCACGCUGGACUGUUUGAAACUUUGCCUUGUAAUAAUGGCGCAGCGAAACAUGACAGAUUUGUUUUUUAUGUUGAGAAAUAAUUUGUUGUACAGCAGAAAUGUGUAUUCGGAUACGAACAAUUCUGACAAUAUUGCGCUACUUGACCGAGGAUUGGACGAACUCGCUAGCUGCUCAGAACAACCAUCCUGGAUGAAAUAUUAUGAAGACGCUACAUAUUUAUUCAACAAAAUUAGAAUCAAGACUGAAGAUCUAGUAGAAAUUCAUGGAUGUACUUCUCGGUUGGUGCUCAGUGAAAACGUCGAUGGCAAGGAAAGAGCAAAACUACACGCCAGAGAUGUUUCUAGGAUGAUAUCCAGUGUUCAUAGUAAUAUUAAAGCUCUUAAAUCAUUUGCCAGAAGCAAAAAUCGCAUAGAAACUAUUUUACUACAAAAUGUGGAGAAAAAAAUGCUGAUGACAUUGAAAUCAACUACAGAACAAUUUCAACAAAGCCAAGCAGCUUUCACCGAGAAGCAGAAUAGUGUGGAACAGAAUUCCAAUCUGUUUUUUGAGAGUAUUUCAAGCCAUUCCCAGGUGCCCGGUUGCAAUGCAGUUGAAACUUUCGAUAAUUUUUUGAAUAUAAAUGUGUCUACAUCAUCAAGCAUUCUACAUUUCAACGAAGCCGGAAAUUUGGAUGAAUAUUUUGAACUCCCCGCCGCUGGGCUCAAUAUAAAUCAAAAACAGUUAAUGCUGAUUGAAGCUGGAAACACUAAAAUGAUAAAAAAUCGAGAGCAAGAAGUAUCAAAAAUUGUAAAUUCAAUAGAUGAUUUGAAUGUAGUUUUCAAGGAUAUGUCGCAAAUAGUACAGGAACAAGGUACAAUCCUAGAUAGGAUUGACUACAACAUUGAAAGCACUCAAACCAAAAUAUUUGAGGGGUAUAAACAACUUCAAAAAGCAGAUAAAUAUCAAAGAAAAAACAAACGAAUUUAUUGUAUUUUAAUUUUAGCGAGUUUAAUUAUUUUUAUAUUUUUUUUGACUAUAUCAACAAAAUUGUAAGCAAAAUGAAAAUUGAAAUAUAAAUCCUAAUUAAUUUUA